AUGAAGGGCGAUUUGGGACUUGCAGUUCAGUACUGUGAGCAGAACAAAGAGACAUCACUCGCCCUACUUCUCAAAAACACAUCACUCGUUAAAUCCGUCGUUGAACAAUAUAAAUUUAAGACGAUUACAAGAACAAAUGUUCCAUUAUUAUCGAUUGCUAUUGGAAGUAAAUCAAUGGAAUGUGUUAAAUUACUUAUUAGUAAUGGAGCUGAUAUUGAAGCGCCAGAUGGAGUUCUUUAUUUUCACUCAUAG